UGUAUAUAAACACCGCAGAAAACGAUCAAAUGCAUCAGUUACUGAAUUGCCUGAAUCAGCUUAACCAACUCUCGACAUGAAGCUCUUCAUUAUUCUUACACUCGUUGCUGCUAUUGUCGCAGACGAUUACCACUAUUCGUCCCCAUCUUAUUCAUCUUAUUCGUCGCCAUCUUACUCAUCUUAUUCGUCGCCAUCUUACUCGUCUUAUUCGGCGCCGUCGUAUUCCUACGCCAAACAAGUUCUAGUUUACCCGCCUCCUUAUUACAAAACCGUCGAAUACGUUGGCUACACACCUGCUGGCAAGAAGGGCAAGAAGGCCGUUCCUGUUUAUAAAACAGUUGACAAGUACUAGGACCUAAGUACAUUUGUCGGUGUUGAAUUUUGUAUCUGCAUACAUCCUUUAAAAGUAUUUAUUUCAAAAAUAGUAUAUUAAGUUAUUUUAAUACUUAACAGCACUCAACAACACAGAAAUAUUAUGCAUUUCAUUGUGUUCAAUUAAUGCCCCACAUAUUUGUACUUUUAUGAAUACAAAAUACAAAAAAAAAACUUA